AUGGGGUUCAAGAUAAAAUUCAAGAACCUUCUACAGCGCGGGGCAUCCGCCGCGGGAAGCAGCGGAUACGGCGGCGGCGGCGGCGGCGCCGACGACGGAGCUACACCUACGACGCCACCACGGGUUCCACUCGCACCACCGCCCGCGUCGCCCACCUCGCCGCCCCCGCUUCAGGCGCCACGACCCCCUCCGCGUCCCGCCGGCAAGGACACGGACGAAGGACCGGACGAUGAGAAUUCGCAGGAGGUGGCAGAUGAUGAGGUCAGCAGUGUCAUGGAGCCAGAUGAGGUCUCCCACCGUGUAGCUUGGAUGGAAUCUCCAGCAGACCAGUGGCCAGGUUUGAGCAAGGAAUGCAAAACUCUAGGAUUGAGCCCGUGCUGGUCUAUAUUUUAUAUUGGUUUUUGCACCCUGCAGCCAGUGAGUAUAUGUCCUGCAAAGAUACUGAAGCUUAACUUGAUGAGAGAAAGGAAAACACUUGGGAAUUUAAAGGUUUAGAUGAUUUUUCCAUGGUUAUUCAUGGUGUUAUUGCCGAUGUAAGCUUCGCCGACUCUUUACAUUUGUUUGAGCACGAUGUAUGUGCUUUCUGUGAGAGUUAGGUAGUAAAUCAACUCCAGAUGAUGUUGCCUGCUGCUGGAUAUGCGUUGUUUGGGAGUGAGGUACUAAAAACUGCAUAUUUCCUACAUCAUAAGGAAAUCAUAAAAUAUACACGCACUUGCUCGACUAACAAAGCUUGCACCUCAGAGCAGGUCUGGUUCAUGUUUUAGGGAGGUUAAAUAAAUUUCAGUCAGCCGCAAAGUAAUUGCUAACAUUGUUGCAUUUGACCAUCAGCAGAUCAUCAUAUAUAAUUUUUAGAACUAAUUGUAUUUCUGAUUCACUGGCUUCGCUACCGUUUUAGCUUAAUGACAUCUUCCAGUUCCCAGCUAUGCGAGUCAUAAUAUAUUUGCAUAUAUUAGGUAUAACACAUGUAUUACCCUAUUUUUUUGAUACACUAUCCCACUUAUACAUGUUAGUGUUUUUUUUGUUGAAGUUCGGUCAUUAGAUUAAACAAUCUCUCUUGAUUCUGUAAGAUUCAUGGAUCGUUUUGAGCCGGUGAGCCACUUGCACUUCUUGAAUCUACUAACAAACCAGCAAAGGUGCACAUCCAUGCAAACCAGAUUGAGCAUAAGACACUGGCUGAGCUCUGUGCAAUGAGACCAUACCGGUUUUGCUUGAAGGUUUCAGAUGCACUGUCGUCAUAAAAAUAUGGUCCCUGUGGAGUCAUCGUGGUUUGUUGCCUGCAAUAGAUGUGGCAAAAAAUCUUUGCCACAUGGAGAUGGCUACUACUGCACUGCAUGUGGAUACAGAGGAAAGAAGUUUAG